CGCCCCGACAGGGUCUGAGCACCUAGGUGCAGGCGGCGCAGGCUUUUUGUAGUGAGGUUUGCGCCUGCGCAGCGCGCCUGCCUCCGCGAUGCAUGGGGGUGGCCCCCCCUCCGGGGACAGCGCAUGCCCGCUGCGCACCAUCAAGAGAGUGCAGUUCGGAGUCCUCAGUCCGGAUGAACUGAAACGAAUGUCUGUGACAGAGGGCGGCAUCAAAUACCCAGAGACCACUGAGGGAGGCCGCCCCAAGCUUGGGGGGCUGAUGGAUCCGAGGCAGGGGGUGAUUGAGAGGACUGGCCGCUGCCAAACCUGUGCAGGAAACAUGACAGAGUGUCCUGGCCACUUUGGCCACAUUGAGCUGGCCAAGCCUGUGUUCCAUGUCGGCUUCCUGGUCAAGACAAUGAAAGUGCUGCGCUGCGUCUGCUUCUUCUGCUCCAAACUGCUUGUGGACUCUAACAACCCAAAGAUCAAGGACAUUUUGGCUAAGUCCAAGGGGCAGCCCAAGAAGCGGCUCACACACGUCUAUGACCUCUGCAAGGGCAAAAACAUCUGCGAGGGCGGGGAGGAGAUGGACAACAAGUUCGGCGUGGAGCAGCCUGAGGGCGAUGAGGAUCUGAGCAAAGAAAAGGGCCAUGGCGGCUGUGGACGGUACCAGCCCAGGAUCCGGCGCUCUGGCCUGGAGCUGUAUGCGGAGUGGAAGCACGUCAACGAGGACUCUCAGGAGAAGAAGAUCCUGCUGAGUCCUGAGCGGGUGCACGAGAUCUUCAAACGCAUCUCGGAUGAGGAGUGCUUCGUCCUGGGCAUGGAGCCCCGCUACGCCCGGCCCGAGUGGAUGAUCGUCACCGUGCUGCCUGUGCCCCCGCUCUCCGUGCGGCCCGCCGUUGUGAUGCAGGGCUCCGCCCGCAACCAGGAUGACCUGACGCACAAACUGGCCGACAUCGUGAAGAUCAACAAUCAGCUUCGGCGCAACGAGCAGAACGGCGCGGCCGCCCACGUCAUCGCUGAGGACGUGAAGCUCCUCCAGUUCCACGUGGCCACCAUGGUGGACAACGAGCUGCCUGGCUUGCCUCGUGCCAUGCAGAAGUCUGGGCGUCCCCUCAAGUCCCUGAAGCAGCGGUUGAAGGGCAAGGAAGGCCGUGUGCGUGGGAACCUGAUGGGCAAGCGGGUGGACUUCUCGGCCCGCACUGUCAUCACCCCCGACCCCAACCUCUCCAUCGACCAGGUUGGCGUGCCUCGCUCCAUCGCCGCCAAUAUGACCUUUGCGGAGAUCGUCACCCCCUUCAACAUUGACAGACUUCAGGAACUAGUGCGCAGGGGGAACAGCCAGUACCCAGGGGCUAAGUACAUCAUCCGGGACAACGGUGAUCGCAUUGACCUGCGUUUCCACCCCAAGCCCAGUGACCUUCACCUGCAGACUGGCUAUAAGGUGGAACGGCACAUGUGCGAUGGGGACAUCGUUAUCUUCAACCGGCAGCCGACUUUGCACAAGAUGUCCAUGAUGGGACAUCGGGUUCGCAUCCUGCCCUGGUCUACUUUUCGCUUGAACCUUAGCGUAACGACUCCGUACAAUGCCGAUUUUGAUGGGGACGAGAUGAACUUGCACCUGCCGCAGUCCCUGGAGACGCGGGCUGAGAUCCAGGAGCUCGCCAUGGUGCCACGCAUGAUCGUCACCCCCCAGAGCAACCGCCCGGUCAUGGGCAUCGUGCAGGACACGCUGACCGCAGUGCGCAAAUUCACCAAGAGGGACGUUUUCCUGGAGCGGGGGGAGGUGAUGAACCUCCUGAUGUUCCUGUCCACGUGGGAUGGCAAGGUCCCACAGCCAGCCAUCCUGAAGCCCCGGCCCCUGUGGACAGGGAAGCAGAUCUUCUCCCUCAUCAUACCUGGCCACAUCAACUGUAUCCGCACCCACAGCACCCAUCCCGACGAUGAGGAUAGUGGCCCUUACAAGCACAUCUCUCCUGGGGACACCAAGGUGGUGGUGGAGAACGGGGAGCUGAUCAUGGGCAUCCUGUGUAAGAAGUCUUUGGGCACAUCAGCUGGCUCCCUGGUCCACAUCUCUUACCUAGAGAUGGGUCAUGACAUCACCCGCCUCUUCUACUCCAACAUUCAGACUGUCAUUAACAACUGGCUCCUCAUUGAGGGUCAUACCAUUGGCAUUGGGGACUCCAUUGCUGAUUCUAAGACUUACCAAGACAUUCAGAACACUAUUAAGAAGGCCAAGCAGGAUGUAAUAGAGGUCAUCGAGAAGGCACAUAACAACGAGCUGGAGCCCACCCCGGGGAACACUCUGCGGCAGACCUUUGAGAACCAGGUGAACCGCAUUCUCAACGACGCCCGAGACAAGACUGGCUCCUCUGCCCAGAAAUCCCUGUCUGAAUACAACAACUUUAAGUCAAUGGUUGUGUCCGGGGCUAAAGGUUCCAAGAUCAACAUCUCCCAGGUCAUUGCUGUCGUCGGGCAGCAGAACGUGGAGGGCAAGCGGAUCCCGUUUGGGUUCAAGCACCGGACUCUGCCUCACUUCAUCAAAGAUGACUACGGGCCUGAGAGCCGCGGCUUUGUGGAGAACUCCUACCUGGCCGGCCUCACGCCCACCGAGUUCUUCUUCCAUGCCAUGGGGGGUCGCGAGGGGCUCAUUGACACAGCUGUCAAGACUGCCGAGACUGGAUACAUCCAGCGGCGGCUGAUCAAAUCCAUGGAGUCGGUGAUGGUGAAGUACGAUGCCACCGUGCGGAACUCCAUCAAUCAGGUGGUGCAGCUGCGCUACGGCGAAGACGGCCUGGCGGGCGAGAGCGUUGAGUUCCAGAACCUGGCUACCCUCAAGCCUUCCAACAAGGCUUUCGAGAAGAAGUUCCGCUUUGAUUAUACCAAUGAGAGGGCCCUGCGGCGCACCCUGCAGGAGGACGUGGUGAAGGACGUGCUGAGCAACGCACACAUUCAGAAUGAGCUGGAGCGCGAAUUUGAGCGCAUGCGUGAGGACCGGGAGGUGCUCAGGGUCAUCUUCCCGACUGGUGACAGCAAGGUUGUCCUCCCCUGUAACCUGCUGCGCAUGAUCUGGAACGCUCAGAAGAUCUUCCACAUCAACCCUCGCCUCCCCUCUGACCUGCACCCCAUCAAGGUGGUAGAGGGUGUCAAGGAGCUGAGCAAGAAGCUGGUGAUUGUGAAUGGGGACGACCCACUGAGCCGGCAGGCCCAGGAGAACGCCACCCUGCUCUUCAACAUCCACCUGCGGUCCACGCUGUGCUCCCGCCGCAUGGCCGAGGAGUUUCGGCUCAGCGGAGAGGCCUUCGACUGGCUGCUCGGAGAGAUCGAGUCCAAGUUCAACCAAGCCAUUGCCCAUCCUGGGGAAAUGGUGGGAGCUCUGGCUGCACAGUCCCUUGGAGAACCUGCCACCCAGAUGACCCUGAACACCUUCCACUAUGCUGGUGUGUCCGCCAAGAAUGUGACACUGGGUGUGCCCCGGCUUAAGGAGCUCAUCAACAUUUCCAAGAAGCCAAAGACCCCCUCACUUACUGUCUUCCUGCUGGGCCAGUCUGCUCGAGAUGCUGAGAGAGCCAAGGAUAUUCUGUGCCGCCUGGAACAUACAACGUUGAGGAAGGUGACUGCCAACACAGCCAUCUACUAUGACCCCAACCCCCAGAGCACGGUGGUGGCAGAGGAUCAGGAGUGGGUGAAUGUCUACUACGAGAUGCCCGACUUUGAUGUGGCCCGAAUCUCCCCCUGGCUUUUGCGGGUGGAGCUGGACCGGAAGCACAUGACUGAUCGGAAGCUGACCAUGGAGCAGAUUGCCGAAAAGAUCAAUGCUGGUUUCGGUGACGACUUGAAUUGCAUCUUUAACGAUGAUAAUGCAGAGAAGCUGGUGCUCCGUAUCCGCAUCAUGAACAGUGAUGAGAACAAGAUGCAAGAGGAAGAAGAGGUGGUGGACAAGAUGGACGACGACGUCUUCCUGCGCUGCAUCGAGUCCAACAUGCUGACAGAUAUGACCCUGCAGGGCAUCGAGCAGAUCAGCAAGGUGUACAUGCACUUGCCGCAGACAGACAACAAGAAGAAGAUCAUCAUCACAGAGGACGGGGAGUUCAAGGCCUUGCAGGAGUGGAUCCUGGAGACGGAUGGCGUGAGCCUCAUGCGGGUGCUGAGCGAGAAGGACGUGGACCCUGUGCGCACCACGUCCAAUGACAUCGUGGAGAUCUUCACGGUGCUGGGCAUAGAAGCCGUGCGGAAGGCCCUGGAGCGGGAGCUGUACCACGUCAUCUCCUUCGAUGGUUCCUACGUCAAUUACCGGCACUUGGCUCUUCUGUGUGAUACCAUGACCUGUCGUGGCCACUUGAUGGCCAUCACCCGACACGGAGUCAACCGCCAGGAUACCGGACCUCUCAUGAAGUGCUCCUUUGAGGAAACGGUGGAUGUGCUUAUGGAAGCAGCUGCACAUGGAGAGAGCGACCCCAUGAAGGGGGUGUCUGAGAACAUCAUGCUGGGUCAGCUGGCUCCAGCCGGCACUGGCUGUUUUGACCUCCUGCUCGAUGCGGAGAAGUGCAAGUAUGGCAUGGAGAUCCCCACCAACAUCCCUGGCUUGGGGGCUGCUGGACCCACCGGCAUGUUCUUCGGCUCGGCCCCCAGUCCCAUGGGAGGAAUUUCUCCAGCCAUGACACCCUGGAACCAGGGUGCAACCCCAGCCUACGGCGCCUGGUCCCCCAGUGUUGGGAGCGGGAUGACCCCGGGGGCAGCAGGCUUCUCUCCCAGUGCUGCUUCAGAUGCCAGUGGCUUCAGCCCUGGUUACUCCCCGGCCUGGUCUCCCACGCCGGGUUCCCCGGGCUCCCCAGGCCCCUCAAGCCCUUAUAUCCCCUCACCAGGGGGUGCCAUGUCUCCCAGCUACUCCCCGACAUCGCCUGCCUACGAGCCCCGCUCCCCUGGGGGCUACACGCCCCAGAGUCCCUCUUACUCGCCCACUUCACCCUCCUACUCCCCUACGUCUCCAUCCUAUUCUCCAACCAGCCCCAACUACAGCCCCACGUCGCCCAGCUACUCCCCGACCUCGCCCAGCUACUCCCCGACCUCGCCCAGCUACUCGCCCACCUCCCCCAGCUACUCGCCCACCUCCCCCAGCUACUCGCCCACCUCCCCCAGCUACUCUCCCACCUCCCCCAGCUACUCGCCCACCUCCCCCAGCUACUCGCCCACCUCCCCCAGCUACUCGCCCACCUCCCCCAGCUACUCGCCCACCUCUCCCAGCUACUCGCCCACCUCUCCCAGCUACUCGCCGACAUCUCCAAGCUAUUCGCCGACAUCACCAAGCUACUCACCAACUUCCCCAAGUUACUCGCCCACCAGCCCUAACUAUUCUCCAACCAGUCCCAAUUACACCCCAACGUCACCGAGCUAUAGCCCAACGUCGCCUAGCUACUCACCUACUAGUCCCAACUACACACCAACGAGCCCCAACUACAGCCCAACCUCUCCAAGCUACUCUCCGACUUCACCCAGCUACUCCCCGACCUCACCAAGCUACUCCCCUUCGAGCCCACGAUACACACCACAGUCUCCCACGUAUACCCCGAGCUCACCCAGCUACAGCCCCAGCUCACCCAGCUACAGCCCAACCUCGCCGAAGUACACCCCAACCAGUCCUUCCUACAGCCCCAGCUCACCGGAGUACACCCCGACCUCUCCCAAGUACUCACCUACCAGCCCGAAAUAUUCUCCCACCUCCCCCAAGUACUCUCCGACCAGCCCCACGUACUCGCCCACCACUCCAAAAUACUCGCCGACGUCUCCUACUUACUCACCAACCUCUCCGGUCUACACCCCAACCUCCCCCAAGUACUCGCCCACCAGCCCCACCUACUCGCCCACCUCCCCCAAGUACUCGCCCACCAGCCCCACCUACUCGCCCACCUCCCCCAAAGGCUCCACCUACUCGCCCACCUCCCCUGGCUACUCGCCCACCAGCCCCACCUAUAGCCUCACCAGCCCAGCCAUCAGUCCCGAUGACAGUGAUGAGGAGAACUGAGGGUGUGCAGCGCGCGGUGGCAGCCGGCUAGGUGAAGGGCGGCGCCGGGGUGUUGUGCAGCCCUCCCUGCCCUCCCCUCCC